AUGACAUGGUUCUUCCUACCCUUUUUAUGCCUCGUCUUCUUCCUCGUUCUCCCUCUUCGUUUCCCCUUUGGGUGGUUACUGACGAACGCGAGAUUCUACUCCCCUAGAUUUGAUAGGCGAUUUGAUAGACCGCGAGCUCGAACAACACCGACAACCGCAGUGGGACUCGGAUCUGGUCUUCGAUGAGGAGAGAGCUAGGCAGGAAAGAAGUGGGGGGAAAGAGAGAGCGGGAAGGGUGGGGGCAAAGCUUGUCGGACGAGCUUAUAACGGGGGGCGGAGGUAUGGGCUUGUUUUUGGAGGGAUCGGACGGCGGAAUCUAAGCCAGUAAUGGGCGAUUGCCCUUUGGAGCUACUACGGUUGCUGAUGCAUGAAUGUAUAAAAUAUAUAUGGGCCAUGUAUUUAUAUAAAAUCGAAAUACCAUCCUUACGAACACAAGCAUAUGAUACAAGUUUUCUCUGACACCAUAUGAGCUGACAAAAGGACACUGAGAAGUCAAGAUAGGAGUCAUAUCGCAUACAUAGGCUAUAUACGAUGUCCAUAUGUAUAUAUAUAUAAAUAGACACACUUGUUACUCAAAUUCAGAGAAAAAAAUUUGCAGCGGUCUCGGUAUGAAUCGAACUCAUGCAGAAUUCAUGAAGAUUGCGAGUUUUAGCAGGUUUCCUCGACCCUGGUGCUACCACCAAGAUUGGAAGGCCUAUUCCUGCAGAAUCAAUCCGUAGGAUCUUUCAUUUAUUUAUUUCUCUUAGAGGCUCAUCAAGGUCUCCCCUUGUGUUUGAAAUGGUUCCGGGGGACGCCGGAGGGGGGGGGGGGGGGUCAGUUUUCUCCGGAUCUAUCUACUAGAGUAAAUAUUAAUGGCUUAACGGGGUUCUCAUCACCGCCCGUGGAUGAGUUUUACGGUUUUGAUGAAUUACCAGAGAGAUGGAUGAGGUUCUUCCUGGGAGGAUUGGGUCGCCGCUUAGAGCUAAGAAAACUUGAAGAUAAAACUCUGCAGAGAGUGAGAGAGAGAGAGAGAGAGAGAGAGAGAGGAGUGGGGGGGCUUCGGGCAGACGCACUGACUUGGACGGAGUUAGAGAUGAGGGGAAGUGGGCAUUCCCGAUGAGGUUGGUUGAAGGAGAGAGAGGAUAUGUGACGAGAGAGGAUGACUAGGGGCGGUCUAGGUGUGGGGGAGAGAGGAGCGAGAAAGAGACGUUUGCAUGAAGCGUUUUGGAUUUCUAUCAUUCACCUCUUAUUUUCUUUCGUAUAGCACAGAGAGUGUGAGUGUCUGUGUGUGUGAAAGGAGAGAGAGAGAGAGAGCAGCUCGCUUGCAGCCGGUAUCUUCUCCCUCUUCCUUAUGCCUGGUGGGUAAUAGCCGGAGAUAAUAGUGCAGUGUGCGUUUUACUAGCAGUAGAGUGGAUUUACUAGCCUGCGGCCCUCUGCUCCUCCGUCUCCGUCUCCGUUCCUUUGGGGUGACAUUUAGCGACCCGAUGUUUAAAGCCUUUAAGAGUUUCAAAACAAAAAACUCAGACGAGGGGCUGGUUUUUCUUUCUUUUCCACAUAGAAAUCCUACAUGCAAAGGAAAAGGAGAGUAGAAAAGCUUCCCACUUUGUAUGAUUUGACCGCACAACAUCCACCCCCCCACACCCCCGCCCCUCCCCUUCUCACCCGCAGCAAAGGAGCAGCUGCUCCUGCAGCUCCUGCUCCUCGCAGCUGCUGCUGCACCAGAAGACAGAGAUCCUCUCUCUCUCUCUCUCUCUCUCUCUCUCUCUCUCUCCCGAUCUCUCUCUUUCUCUUGGUGCCUUCCUAAAAACCACUCUUCUCUGAUACCCGUGUUCUUAUACUACCGUUAGCUGAAAUGCGUUGGUGAGAUGAUGAUGAUGAUGGUGGUGAUGAUGAUAAGUAUCCUCGGUUCACCACCAGAACCAGAAAACAACCCAAACGGAAGGCAAUUGGCGCCCUUCCCUGCUCUUUCCUAAUCUGUGCUCGUCCUUUACCUGCCGUCAAUGAACUUAAAGCCUGCAAGAAGGGUGACGUCGCCCCCUCCGUCCCUCCCUCUCUCGUCAUCCAUCUGGGCACGCCUUUCCGGAGUUUCCCUCUCAAGCACAGUGGAGCUUGUCCGAAGAGCCAUCUUCCCGAUUGAAAUUUGAAGGAGUCUUCCCCACAGUGCCCCCGGUCAUUUAACAUCUCGGCUAUGUCGCAUGUCGCAUGCAGGACAGUGGGGCUGCGGAGGCAGAGACCCACCGCCUGCGGCGGCGGCCACGUCAUCAUUCCAUCUCCGGGAGCCUGCCGGCGGCGGAAGAGAGGGGGGAUGGGUCAUUAUUAUAUGAUUAUUGCCUGGUGGCGCAGUCCAGCGGGCUCUACCGGUUGGCGUUUCCUGCGGCCGUAAGCGAGGAGCCCUCGGUUCUCCACUUCCUCCUCCACCAACUGCUGCCACACUGUAGCGGCGUUUGCUGUUUGUCUCCUUCAGCCAACCACAGUCACCGCAUUCUCUCCGGCAGAGCCUCCUCUGCCUCAACACAUGACGGUGCAGACUGCGGUCAGCCGCACUCCUGCACUAUCCGGCUCCCUCCAUCCCUCCUGUUAUACAUGAGGAGAUUUAGAGAGAGAGAGAGAGAGAGAGAAUUUGUCGGUUCAGGAGGAAGAGGACGGUGGGCAGAAACCGAGAUAUAGAGACAGACGCAGAAGAGAUUUAAUGUGUUCUGUGCAUGUUAUUUGGCUCUCCACUUGACUCUAGGAACAUCUACCCAUCCGUAUCUGUGAGCUUCGAACGACGCCCCCGCAUUGUCUCUCUCUCUCUCUCUCCCCUGGGUCCUGAGAGAUAUACAGCAAGACGACGUACGCAGUCAGAUGGGCGGGCAGAGAGCAAACCCUAAUAUCUCAGCAGCAGGAGCAGCAGCCUCUUCGAGAGGAGGGGGGGGGGGGGGGGUUGGGCUGCACAUGUGA